AACACAGCCUUAGGGACUAGACAAAGCAGAGCUACAAUUUGUGCGGAAGAAUUGUUGGAUUACAGCAACAGGUGGAGGGAAGAUGACGAUGGCGGCGGGGAUCGGCUACGCGCUGGUUGCGCUCGGCCCUUCUCUCUCACUCUUCAUCGCCGUCAUUUCUCACAAGCCCUUUCUCAUUCUCACCCUUCUUUCCAGUACUUUGGCGUGGCUGAUGACUCUCAUCGCACUAUCAGCAGUUUGGAGAGUGUUUCUCCCCUUCAAAUCCACUGCGUGGUGGCCGUACGCGCUUCUCAUCCUCACCUCCGUUGCCUUUCAAGAAGCUCUACGGGUUCUGUUAUGGAGACUGUACAAGAGGAUGGAAGAAAUACUGGAUGCAUUUGCUGAUAGAGUUUCCAAGCCUCGUCUCUUUAUUACUGAUAAGAUGCAAAUUGCUCUUGCAGGUGGAAUGGGUCAUGGUGUGGCCCAUGCUAUUUUCUUUUGCAUAAGCCUUUUAACGCCUGCAUUUGGCCCAGCAACCUAUUAUGUGGAGAAAUGCUCUCAGAUUCCAUUUUUUCUUGUAUCUGCUAUUAUAGCACUUGCGUUUGCCACAAUCCACACUUUCUCAAUGGUUAUUGCUUUCAACGGUUGCUCGGAAGGAAACAGAAUCGACUUGUAUUUUGCUCCUAUAGUUCACCUUGCUGCAGGAAUGCUUACACUGAUUAAUCUUGCGCCUGGAGGCUGUGUGCUUGGCAUUCCUCUACUGUAUGGCAUAGCACUGUUAACUUUGGCACGUUGUGGAAAGGUCGUCUGGACAAGACUAACGGAACAUAGGAGCAGACAAGGGGACUUAUGACUCACAUCUUUUUGGUCGCUGAUAAUCUGAAGUUCCAUUGUUGGUGCAUUUAUAUAAAAAUAUUUGGGCUGUCCUGUCCAUUUGAUUGAUGGAGAUAUAUUUUCACUUUC